AUGUCGCUCCUCGCGUCUGUCCCGGUGCGACAGUGCACGGCCACUGUGCGCGCGGCCUCCCGCGGCGGCGCCGCCCGCCUCCCGGCCUUCUUCGUGCCCCCGCGGGUCGUGCUCAGGCGCCACACGCCCGCCCACAGCCCCCUCGCGGCCCUGCGCGGCCCCGAGCGCAAGGUGGCGGCCCGCGCGCUGUCCUACAUGUCGGACGUGGACUCGCUGAAGCUCGACACGCUGUGCUCGCGCAUCCCGAGCCCGCUGGUGAGCGUGCAGUGGCUCAAGGACCACCUGACGACGCCCGGCGUGGUGGUGCUCGAGGCCAACUGGCACCUCCCGACGACCGGGAAGGGCGCGGCCGACGACUUCAUGGGCGACCGCAUCCCCGGCGCGCAGUUCUUCGACGUGGACCUGGUCGCGGACACCUCGUCAGGGCUCCCGCACAUGCUGCCGGCGCCCGAGGUGUUCGGGCGCGCGAUGGACGCGCUCGGCGUGACGCGCGACACGCUCGUCGUCGUGUACGACCGCUCGGGGAUCUUCUCCGCGCCGCGCCUGUGGUGGAUGCUCCGCGCGUUCGGCCACGAGCGCGUCAAGGUCCUCGAGGGGGGCUUCCCCGCGUGGGCCGCCGCGAAGGGCGCGGUCGACGCGGAGCCGCUGAGCCGCGAGGGCGCGCUCGGCGCGCUCGCCGCCGCGGUCGAGGCCGACGCGGACGCGCCGCUCCCGCGCUACGCGGCCACGCUCGACAUGGCGCGCCUGCGCACGAUCGACGACGUGCUGCGCAUCAUCGAGGACAAGAGCGAGACGAUCGUGGACGCCCGCAGCGCGUCGCGCUUCCAGGGCUCGAGCCCCGAGCCGCGCCCGGGCCUGCGGUCGGGCCACAUGCCCGGCGCGCGCAACGUGCCCUUUGACUCGUGCCUGUCCUACGGCGGGGCGAUCCGCAACAGCGACGAGCUCGUCCGGCUGUUCGCGAGCGAGCACGUGGACAUCAAGAAGCCCGUGACGGUCACGUGCGGGUCGGGCAUGACGGCGUGCGUGGUGGCGCUGGCGCUGGAGACGCUCGGGGCGCCGCAGGUUGCGGUGUACGACGGGUCCUGGGCCGAGUACGGGGGACGCGCGGACGUGCCCGUGUCGCCCGUCAAGGGCGCCAGCGCGUGA